AAAAAAAUAAAAAUUAUAUUUAAAAACUAAAAAAAGGGAAGAAAAGAAUAAGACCGCUGUCCACCUCAUGGAAUCGAUGGUUCGGCUAUCCUAAGAGGAGUAGCUCCCACUUUGCGGGUUGGAUUCACCUUGGCCGGGGUAGACUGCCACCAUCCCAGGUAGUCUAUUCCAGGGUGGUUGGACCGACUACCGAGGGACCACCCCUUAUAAUCACGUGCCGGCGAACUUCUAGAAAGGGUCAAAGCUCAAGACGGCAUCUUUAUAUUCAUCUGCUUUAGUAUAUUAUAUAGUUUUCCUUGCUCGUGUCUCAGAAUCUGAAGAAGCCAAACAAGACCUGGCAAUGGCAUUUCGCCACGACCAGUUCAGUCCAAUCCCUCUUUUCGGCCACUCCAUUCAACAAUCUUUAAUUUUCUUCAGUGGAAGGUUCGAGAGUACCCAUAAGAUUUUCUGGCUCUCCUUGAUUCCUUUUGAGAUAAAAAUCGAAACUUUAGAGAGACAGAAGAAAAGAAAUCCAACCCAUAAAGAUUCUCUGGCUCUCCCUGUUGAUUCAUUUGGAGAUUAGAAGAAACUUCCGAGAAAGAAGAAAAGAAAGCCGGAAAGAAGAUAAUAGAAUGGCCUGCUUUGUGCCCUUCAGCAAUAGAAAUUUGGAUCUGAGCUUCUUUGUCUUCAGGCCAACAGUUGUUUUGGUCGAUGACGUUGUUGACGCGCUGAAGCAGUUCUCUUUAUGCACUGAGAAUCUUGGUUGCGUACAAAAUUCUAUUUUUAAGAGCAUUCAUGGAAAUAUGAUUGUAUGGUAUGGAGCAUGGCUGAAGAAACCUUCUGAAAACAAAGAGUUAUUAUGUUCUAUCCUUAUGUCAAUGUUGACAGAUAUAUCAAACAUGGCUAUCUUAAUUGAGCAUGGCUUCUUUGAUGCAUAUGCUGGAGAAUCAAGAGAUGCCGGCUCCUCGGCCAUAAUAUUUCACACAGGUGACACAAUAUCCAUAAAUUCAGCAGUUGGCUCUGCAGCUGAUCACCUAGAUGACCUCUCUUAUGCAACCUUAGCGUUAUUCAAAUCUGCCUUUCUAAAGAUGGAAGGUGUUGCAGCUGGAGUUUGCUUGAAAUCCCAAGAGAGGCCAAGAGUUGUAUGUCUCUUUUUGUGGAAGUCAAUCCAAUUUUGUUACUCAUGGGUGCUAAACUCAGAUCAUAAAAGGUCAAUGCUGCCUUAUUUUAAUCGCUUUUCUCUUGAUGUCAAGUACGACAUGUUUCGGGUUGUCUAUGUUAGUGGUGACAAUGUACCAAGUUUGCAGUCUUUCCCUGCUUCUCAGAUGUUGGAAAAUGCAGGAGGAAGCAAAGAAGAAGGGCAGGUCACACAAAAUUAAAAAAAAAAAAAAAAAGAAAAAGAAAAUGUUGUUAGGAUGCAAACCCUUGAUGCAUACUUUGUUGCAAUGUAGAUAAAUUCUGUUGGCUUCGUAUCGUCCACUCGUGUUGAGAACUAGUGGAGGGUGGAAGGGUGACAGACAUAUUACUUUUGUAAUUGUAUUAGACAUAUAUGGAGAGCUUAAAAUAGGCGAUAUUCAAUC